GGUGGAUUGACAUCCGAAAUUAUAACGCAAAAGGGUAGUGCGGUCCUAGUAAAACAGCAAAAUAUAAAUAUUAUUAGACACUCGAAGUUGACGGUCGCGAAGACAAAGAUGAUAAGUACUUCAGUAGCGUAGUUGCAGAGCCACCCUAUCAGUUUUCAUAGGCUGAGUAGGCGACCCAUCCAAGAUGGCGCAAGUUCAGGGAGGGCCAGCGCCGGCCGUCGGCCCGCUGCAGCAGCGGCUUAACGCCCAUCGCAAUCGGGUCCGCGACCUGCACCAACAUUAUCCCUACCACAAGGACUUGGUCAUCGACUUUCUGCAGAACUUCGCGGACGAAAAAGUGCGGGACAACAAGUAUUGUUUUGUUGACGAUUGAUGCAUUUAUUUGAACCUGAGAGAGAGCAAAGGUUUUCGAUUCAAUUGCGGAGAAAUUUCCGUGCUGUAUGGAGGCUCAUAGAAACACAAAGGGACAUGGGAAUAUUUUUGCGUCAGAAAGACAUAUUUAGAAGACUCAGCAUCAAAACUAUUUAUGGUCAAUCGCAACUGUCCCAGGUAUGGAUACAAAAAGUACAUGAAGAUGCUUCAGGAUCUUGCGAACCACCAGCGAGAUACGCUGACCAUCGAGACGAAUGACCUCGCCGCUUGGUGCGAGAUGGUAGUGCGGAGCCCCGAUCCGAAGGCAGCCUACGCGGGGACCCUCUUUACGGGUGUAUCCAAGGAAAAAAAAAAUUGCCGUAGGGGUGCACCGUUUUUACAUUCGUUGACUCCUAUAAUGUCGCAGCACAUUUUCAAGUGUGAUUUGUAUUAUGCAGGAGCUACUUUUUUUCGCAACUUCGUGAUGUGAAACAGCGUCAAGUUUUGCACUUCGCAAUGCUUUCCUACAGCCAUUUUUUUUUUUGAUAUCGGGUGAUGACGAACACCAGGCGUUACGAGAAAUUUUUCUUCGAGAAAAUGACUAGUCUGCUUCCCCAGCCGGACCACAACGUUUCUUGCGAUCCCCAGGUGCUUCGGCGCUAUGCUUUGUCGAAGCAGUUCCUCGCGAGUAAAAAGAAUGAGGAUGAGGCUGCGGAGGCGGAACUAGGCGCGGAGCCGGACGCCAAAAAAAACAGCCCGCAGUACCGCAUCCCGGAGAAGUUGAUGUACCCGUUCGACGUGCGGUUUAAGGAGACACGGCCAAAGGAAAACAUUGUUAACUGGGGGCUAAGGGACAUCAAGGCAACGGCGAUCGGAAAGCUGGUAUGACGCGACUGGAGAUUUUGAAAUUUCACAUCAACCCGGAGUGUUUAACGCUCUUCGCAUUUUUCCGUGUGCCGAACUGAUUUAGCUGGUGUUUCACUCUUGCUUCUGUAUCUUUACAUCAAUCAAUUGCUGAAUAUAUUAGUGUCGUUUUUCCUCUUCGAGGUUUGCUUCAACGGGCAAAUAACCCGCGUGUCCCCGGUGAAGCCGAAGAUGGAGGUCGCGACCUACCAGUGCACGUACUGCCAGUCGCGGGUGUUCCAGCCGAUCGAGGGGGACGAGUUCAUGCCCAUGCAGGACUGUCCCAGCACGUUCUGCAAGGACAACAAGACGACGGGCCUGCAGGAGGGGCCGCACCUGCCGCAGUGCAGGUUUGUGAAGUACCAAGAAUUGAAGGUGCAGGAGCUCGCGCGCGAGGUCCCCGUGGGGAGUAUUCCCCGAACGCUGACGGUGUUGGUGCAGGGCGACCUGUGCCGGACCUGCAACCCGGGUGAGGAGGUUACGCUCACCGGGGUGUUCAUCCCCCACGUGCAGAACGUGCUGGGGAAGCAGAUCACCAUCAUGUACGUGCACGCGCACGACAUCGUCAUGAAGAAACGCAGUGGCAAGGACGACGAGAACUCGCACGAGGCCAAGGCGCUGCUGAACCAGGUGGUGCAGGCGAGCAAGGACCCGCGGAUCUACGAAAAAUUGUCCCAGUCGAUCUCGCCGCAGAUUUUCGGCAUGGAGGACGUGAAGAAAGCCCUUUUGACCCUGCUCGUGGGUGGUUGCACCAAGAAACUCGGGGAUGGGAUGAAGGUCCGCGGGGAUAUCCACGUCUUGCUGAUGGGAGACCCCGGAGUGGCAAAAUCGCAGUUGUUGCGACAGGUACCGAAUAUUUAUUUUUGUGACAACUUCAACUGUUCGAUAGUUCCUUUGUUUGUUGUGUUGCACAGCACGGGGUGAAUAUUUGUUUGGGUGGAAUGAGGAUGCCACGAAUCUUCAUCAUCAAAAGCAGCCACCAAUGAAUAAGUACACACCUACAGGCGUCCAACAUCGCGGAGCGGGCAACGUACACCACGGGCAAAGGUUCCUCCGGUGUGGGUCUGACGGCGGCGGUGAUCCGCGACCAGCAAACGAACGAAGUGCAUUUAGAGGGCGGCGCGCUAGUGUUGUCCGAUGACGGGGUCUGCUGCAUCGAUGAAUUCGAUAAGAUGGAAGAGUCUGACCGAACGGCUAUCCACGAGGUCAUGGAACAGCAGACGGUUAGCAUCGCGAAAGCAGGUAUCGCUCUGCGACCACGUUUUUUGCGUCUGUAAGAAAGCGUUUGCUUAAUUUUAUGUGUGCGCUCGGUGCAAAAGGAAACCAAAAAGCUGGGCGUUAUUUUUCAUUUCAUGCGCUUAUUUUCGGCAGCCGAGAUGUGUCCUACUGAGAUUGGAAUGAAAAGAGCUCUAGUGUGAACGACAACUCUUUCCAGGCAUCACCACGACGUUGAACGCUCGCACUUCGGUGCUCGCAGCGGCCAACCCGCAGUUCGGGCGGUACGACCUGAGCAAGUCCCCCGUGGAGAACAUGAACUUGCCCGCGGCCUUGCUAUCCCGGUUCGAUCUGAAAUUUCUGCUCCUGGAUCACGUCAGCAAGGAAGGCGACAUCAAGCUGGCCAAGCACGUGCUGGAAACGCACCGGCACGGCACCGCGGAGGGCGGGAAAAAGAAGGGGGACGGCGUAUCCUGAGUAAAAACGUACCCACACCAGAGUCAGGAUGGGGAUUUUGCAACACAAACCUAGGAGUUUUGUGAGUCACGCAUGACAAGUUGCACUCUGCAGUGUAGUGCAGGUUAGCAAGUGCAGCCGCGCCACAGAUUCAUCUGCUCAUCCUGUUCACAGCAUCACAAAUUCCAAAACACGACUGGAAAUGGCUCUCAUGCGGAUGCGCGUUACAAGUUUUCCUGUCUUUGCAAAUCUGCAUUACAACUCUGGCGCGGGUACGUUUUUACUCAGGAUACGGCGGACCCGCGGGCGUGGGGUUGACCGAAGACGGCAAGUUCGACGUGAAAUUUCUGCGCGCCUACAUAAAACACGCCAAGAAGUUCGAGCCCCUGGUGCCGCGGAGCCUGGAAGAAAAAAUCGUGCUGCGCUACGUGGAAAUGCGCAAGGCGGAGCGCGACGAGAGCGCAGACCAGCGGAAGGACUACGUAACGCCGCGACAAUUGCUGGGAAUGAUCCGCUUGUCGCAGGCGUUAGCCAGGCUCAAGUACUACAUUUUGAUAAGAUAACAAGAAGGGACUUCAGGACUAGAUUUGGGUCUAUUUCAGUGUCGUCUUUGUUCUAGAGGUCCUAGGUUUCUUCAAACCAAGACUUGUAAGAGGCAGAGCGCAGAAGGAGACACAGUACCCGGUAUGUAUGCGAAGUAGAUGUUGGAAACAACAUCAAACAUAUAAACCAGGUUCAGCAACGUGGUGGACGAGCGUGACUGGGAGGAGGCCAUCCGCUUAACGGAUGAGAGCAAACGUUCCGUCCUCGUUGACGCCGACGAGGCCGAUGCAGAGGAUGACCGUGCGGCAUUCCAGCGGGAGAUGCGAUUGGACGAAGAAGACAACGACGAAGACGGCGUCAAUGAAGGAGCCAUGAACGAUCAGCUGGAAGGUUUUUUUUUUGUGAAAUUUUCCAAUGGAAAUUAUAAAUAAGAGCGAUGUGGCAGUGCUCCCUUCGUUUCGCACGACGGGGUUUUCGUUUUUUUUUUAUUUCCUUAACGUAGAGCAGCACAACACAACAGCAGUUUCAGUUUUAUACCGAAUCGGAAUUUUGAAUCUUAACACAGCGAUGCUUGGCGGCGGGUUAGACCACUUGACUGCGGAACAGCAAAACGAGCGGAUUAACCAGCAACUGCAUGAGGGGAACAACGAGGACUACAUGGGUGGCAUCUGGGACCUCAUGCGGGCGGAGUUCAUUAAGGUACUUUCAAAAAUCUUCCGUGAAAAAUUUCGAUUUGUGCGACCUUUGGAAUCAGAUAUCAGAACAGCUUCGCGGAGGUCGCACGUAGCAUCAUGAUCGGAUGCUGUUGUAUCAGGUAGAAGUAUAAUUUUUAGGUUCGAAAAGCAAAAACCACAUUAACAAUUUGCUGUUUCAAAACUCCUCAACCAGGCCGGGAAGGGCGAGCCACUGUUCGUCAGCGAGCUGAAGAAGAUGAUUACGAAGCGGGGGUUCAAUAACGCACAAUUCGACGAGACGCUUGAAUUUUAUGAGGAUAUGGGCAUUUUCGAGUACACCGACGGCACGAAGACCGCUAUCCUCGAAAAAAGCUAA